CCGGGAGAGGUGGCGGCGGGCACCAUGGCCGAGAGGCCGCAGUCCCCUGGCGGCGCGGUGUGCCCGGCCGCCUACCCCGACGCCCCCGCGGACUUCCCCCCGCACCUGCAGGCCGGCGCGAUGCGGCGCCGCUUCUGGGGUGUAUUCAACUGCCUGUGCGCCGGCGCGUUCGGGGCUCUGGCCGCCGCCUCCGCCAAGCUGGCCUUCGGCAGCGAGGUGAACAUGGGAUUCUGCAUCUUGGGAGUCAUUGUGAUGGCGACCACCAAUUCUCUGAUGUGGACAUUCUUUAGCCGGGGCCUCAGUUUCUCCAUGUCUUCAGCCAUUGCAUCAGUCACAGUGACGUUUUCAAACAUCCUCAGCUCGGUGUGCGGACCAGGAAGGAGGAAGAGGAGGGACAGAGAGGCGUUGUUGCAAACUGCAAAGGCCCUAGAACGCUGAUCGUACCCCGACACCCCUCGGGGGUCCCGAGUCGUCCGAGCUGGCAGGGGCACGCGGGGUCCCUGGGAUGUGCCCUCCGCAACGGGCAGGAACACAGCGUUGGUCUACAGAGCCUCUCAGCAGCUGGAUUUCCAGUGGCCCCAUCAGAGGGCAGGCUCUCUCCCGCGGGCACCCGUUCCAUGACCCAGAGGGUCCAGCCCAGCAUCUGGGAUGUUUUCGUAGCUCAGGGGCUGCGCGGAGCGGUGUCCGAAAUCUGCAUGAGGCCUGAGCCCAAGUCCCGUUUGCCGUGCCUGAGCUGUGCGGCUGGCCAGUCUGAAGAUGCUCGUCACUGACUUCCUGAAAAAGGAGCACGCCAUUCCUCACCUCACUUUGGCGCUCCAGACCAUCAAACGUGUGGUCCGGCAUGGGCCGGUGUUUCACCGGUGGCCGGGCCCGGUCCAGCCCGGUGCUCCGGGACAGUCUGACCCUGCCCAGGGCGCGGGUGCUGCUCGGAGCCCUGCUUGUGGGGCCUGGGGGGCCGGAGCACUCGAUCCUGUCUCCCAGUCUGUCGUGGGGGAAUGAUGUGGACACAUAAGGACGGAAUGGGGGACCGAGGGCCCCCCGGGCGGGGGACCUCCAUCCUCAGACGCCCCGGGGUCUUAGCCAGGAGCAGGGUGUGUCUGGGAGGGGCUGGAGCAGGGAGAGGAGACAGCGGGGCAGCCGGAGAGCCGUCUGGAUGAAUCAUGGGGCUUUGGCCGGCUGACACCAUAGCUGGCUGGAGGCAAGCCAGUACGGGUGAUUAAAAAUACCCCACUUCGCGGGGCGCCUGGAUGGCCCAGAUGGUUAAGC